AUGAGAGAUAGUGAAGGAAACCUAAUUAGCAACAAAGAGGAGAAACGAAGUAAAGGAUGGACCGACAACUUCAAAAGGCGCUUGAAUCGACCAGCAUCUGCAACUCCUCCAGAAAUACAACCAGCAGACGCAGAAAUACCAGUGAACAUAAUCCCUGCGACAAAAGUAGAAGUCCUGAACGCCAUAAAGCUGCUGAAACUGUGGAAAGCAGCAUGGUCAGAUGGAAUUCCUCCAGGAACGCUGAAAACAGACGCAGAGACAUCAGCAGUGAACAUGCUCACACCACCAUUGCACAAGGUUUGGAAGGAAGGAAAGGUACCUGCCGAUAGAUUGGAAGAAGGGCUAUCUUGUCAAACUCUCCAAGAAGAAGGGUGACCUAAGCCUUUGAAGCGACUGGUGCGGAAUCAUGCUCUACUACUGUCCUCCAAAAGCAAACAAAAUAUUAAACCUCAUCAUCCUGGAGAGACUGAAAGGAAAAUGCUGUGCAUUCACAGUUACGACCUGAACAGGCUAACUGGCUUCAGGAAGUACAAAUCAUGUGCCAAUCAAAUUACAACACAACACAACACAACACUACACUACACUAUACUACACUACCUUAACUUAUGUUACGCAUCAUCAUAGAACAGAGCAUA